GGCGCUUAUGUCACUGACAUAUCAAUGUUUUUCAAGACAUUUCUGUUUCUAAAAAGCAACUAUUUGUAAAAUAAUAACCAGAAUUAGUUUAAGAUGUCUACAAAUAAUCUGUCAUCGGUGUUAAAAUCGUGUUCAGAGAGUGAAUUAAUCAAUGAAGUUGCGGAAACCAACAUGACACCAAAGCAGGUGGAAGGAUCUCGUCUAAAACGUACUUUUACGUUGCCUCGCAAUCCUUUCGGGACGAUCAAGCCAAGUUCGAGUAAAAAUAAGAGUAAUGACAGUGAUAAUAAACCGUCAAGCGCAAGUUCUGUACUGGGAGAGCCACAAAGAGAUGAGGGUGGCAUAGAAAGGAAGUUGUUUAGAAGGCCAUCAUGGAAACGAUUUCUGAACAAGAUAGCGCAGCACAUGAGUACAGUGAAUGUGUCUAGUGUGAAGUCUGCACCUGUAAUAUUAAAUGGGGAUAGAGUGCCAUGCAGUGGGGACCCUCCAUGGCCUCCAGGAGCAACCCCUGCUGCAACGGGAAUCAAGAACCAUGGAAACACUUGUUAUAUGAAUGCAGUUCUACAGUGCCUUUCACAUACAGAUGUUAUUGCAGAGUAUUUUGUUUUAGACCAUUAUAAAGUGGAUCUGCAGAAGAGAAAUAAGAUUAACUCUAAGAAAUAUGGCACACGUGGUGAAGUUACGGAACAGUUGGCAGCUCUACUGAAAGCCUUGUGGGCUUGUCACUACAAUGCUGAUAUGAGCACAACUUUCAAGGGUGCAGUGGAGAGACAUGGCACUCAGUACAGGGGUAACAGCCAGCAUGAUGCACAAGAAUUCCUAUUUUGGUUGCUAGACAAGGUCCACGAAGAUUUAAACACUGCCACUAAGAAGAAAUACAAAACUAUCAAGAAUACAUGCGGCAAGCCUGAUGAAGUGGUUGCAGCCGAGACGUUGGCUAAUCAUGCUCGGAGAAACAGCUCAUUUGUGCAGGCUGUAUUCCAAGCUCAGUACAGAUCAGCAUUGACUUGUGCGAAGUGUGAGCGGACCUCGUGCACAUUUGAUCCAUUCCACUGUGUGAGUGUGCAGCUGCCUUCAAGACAGGCCACUGUACAACCUUCUCCAUUACCUGUUAAUGUAGUGUACGUGAACCAGCAGCCGCGUCAGGUGCGUAUCGGCGUGGAACUAGCGCCGACCGCCACCAUGGACGAGCUGCGCACCUCGCUGCACAACGACACCGGCAUCGACCGCGACCACAUCAUACUCGCCGAGAUCAACGAGACAGGCUGGUGCAUGGCCCGCGCGGCGUGGGAGCCGGCGGGGCUGGACUGGGGCGCGCUGUACUGCCUGGAAGCGCCGCCGCUGCUGCAGGCGCCCACCACGCCCUACCUGCUCAUACUCUGGGUCAACCUCCUCGAUGGAGAGAGAUUCGGAUCCCCGUACGCGAUGCAAGUGCCGCGCGAGAUAUCGUACGAAGACUUACAGAAGCUCAUGCUGAAGGAGAUGUGUCAGAUCGUGGCGGAGCGGGUGCUGGAGAGCGCGCAGGGCGCGGACAUCUUCCGAGCGCGCAUCGCCGAGGCGCACCGGCCGCGGGACCCCGCGUACUUGCAGCCGGAUCUCCCUCAUCCGCUGUUCGCGCUGGACGUGGAACAGGCGUUGUGUGCGCACGAUAAACAUCCACAUCUACGACUUGAGUUGCUUUGGGACCCCGCACAUAGGGACAGCAUCAUCCGGUCGGCGGGCGAGGCGUGCGAGGUGCACGUGUCGGCGGCGGGCGCGGCGCCGCUCACGCUGCACGCAUGCCUCGCGCACUACACCCGUGCCGAGCGGCUCGCGCAGGAGGACGCCUGGAGGUGCCCUCAAUGUCAGAGAUAUAUGCCGGUAGUUAAAACGCUCGGCCUGUGGUCACUUCCAGAUGUACUAGUUAUACAUUUGAAAAGGUUUCGACAGCAAGCCAAAGGGCGCACGAGUACGAAACUGACGACGAUGGUCGAGUUUCCUCUCAACGACUUCGACAUGACGCCGCACCUCGUGAGGAGGAGCGCGCCCCUCGCUGACUCCCCGAGCCACUCGCGCUCGCCGCGCCGGAAACUAUCCAAAACCCCCUCGCACACGCCACACGAAAACAUGUACGACCUAUACGCGAUAUGUUACCAUCACGGAGACGACCUCGAGACUGGACAUUACACGGCCGCCUGUAAGAACCCCUACGACGGCCACUGGUACAAAUUCGACGAUUCCAGAGUAACGAAAGUCGACGACGAAAAUGCGUACAGCGAACUCGUAAAUAACACCGCUUACAUGCUGUUCUACAGGCGAAAGAAACCGAUAGUCACGCACUCAUUGUCCACCGACGACCAAAACGGACACUGGGCUUUACGCAUGCCGAAGUACGUCAGACGAGCGAGCGAGACGUUGAACGAGCUUACGGAGGUCAAGGAGGAAAUUGUCGAAGAUGCCAAGAUCGAACCGCCGACGAACGAAAUCGACUCCGACUCGGAUAUUACAGCGCCAACUCAUAGUCCUUCACCGUCACGGAGUGUGGCGAGCCUCCCGGACGACAACAUGACGGACGUGAGGUCACCCGUCAACCACACUACCAGCCUAGUGACCGCCAACCAUACCAUCAUCACCGACCACCCUAACACCACUAGCACUCAUCAAACGACCACAAUCAUACACAACACGGCGUCCAUAAUCCAGUCUCCGACACUCCAGCGGCCGCUGCUGGUCGAAGUGAACGGCAACAGAACGAACGACAAUACGAGCGAAUACGAAAACGACUGUUCCACGGAGCCGUACAUCCACAAGGACGUGCACGUGAACCCGAAGAUGACGCCGGUGGACUCGCGGCGGCCGCGCUCCGUUGACUACCCGCCGCGCGGCCCCGCCGGCGCCCGCGACGCCAACAGGAACUACGACAGCUCGCCGCUCGUGGCCAGCAUCAACGGCGUCGAGUACCACCCCACCACCGAGGACCUCAUGCUCUCCAUGUUCCAGGAGUCCAAAUACAUAGUGCCGCGACAUACCAACCAUAUCGCGGGCGAAUCUCAUAGGGCCGGGGAAAAGUCUUCCGUAUGGAAAACUCGAAUAUCCACAUGAGAGCCGAUGAACAUACACAAAGAAGACCACACACAGUUUUAUCAUACGAUUACUUCACACCCUUCAGUAGAUCUGACAGUGGCCUGUAGUUAGCGGUUAUGUUCGGUAUGUAUCGAUUGUAUAAUUUGUUACGAUCACUAAUAACUUACACUUGCUGGACGAACAGAGGCUUGUAGCGUAGUUUACCAAGUUAAUUUAUUUAUUUCAUUAUUGUAUCAAGUUUUCGUUUGUUAUUGUUGUCGAAAUUCAUGUGUGUUCAAUAUAAUAAGAACGGUUCAUUAUCUUCGCAAGUAAUUUCUUUUCUCAUUUAUAUGUUAUUUAUCUUUUAUGACUCACCGAUUCGUUUUAUGUCAUACAUAAUAACUUUCAAUUUUUGCAUACCAAAGAUUGGUUAAUAAUCAUGAUACUCAAUCAAAAAUGGAGAUGGUAAAUGACAAAUUAGCAUUUCCGUACAUUUAUGUGAAGUUUAUUCAGAUAAGACACGUAACGCGUUGUGCUUCCUCGCGCUUGCCAUCUCCGUGACACUGACAAAUCUAUGAAUGCAUUGUAGUGGUGUGCAUUGAUGAAUGAAUUUGUAAAAUUACUUUAAAUGUAGAUAACACCGUAAGUAUUUUUUAUGAGCGUAGCUAGCGGGCAAUAAAUAAUCAAAUUUUUCAUAACAAAUACCACACUUGUGCCUUGGCCCUAGGAUGUUAUGAUUGUAAACGUAACAAGAACAGUGGCUGACAUAGAAUUUAUUAGUAUUUGUAUAGCAUUUGAAUCGUGUAUUAAACGCUCGGGAUGUAAUGUUUUGAUACCGCACUAAGAUCGGAUACUUGUAGGUGUUCCUUUGAUUGCGUUGUAACGAAUAUGGUAUUCACACCAAAAAUUAUCUUGCGAAAAAUUAUGUGAUUAUACUUAAUACAAUUGUAUACCGUUGUAUAUAUUGGCUUCAUGGUAUAUUUUUUACGGAGUGAUGAUGAUUUUAUAUAAAAAUUAUAUUAGUUAAUUUAACAGUUUAUAAAUAUUGGUAAUUUUAUUUUCUUUAGAUUAUGUGCCGCACUUGAUGUGAUUUUAUCGUUUAUUGAGUGUUUAUUUAGUGAAAUCGUUUUUGUGUAAAAGACAAUUUAUUUUAAGUGUAAUAAAUGUCGCAGUGGUUAUUCAUUAUUAUAAUGGCCUAAUUAUGUACCUACCUGUGAUUUCACACCAGUUGCAGGAAUGUUUGAAGCAUCGAUCUAGUGCUCUGUGAUUUGAUACUCGUGAAAUGUUACCUCGAAUGUCCCUUGUGGGAAUUUACGCCAAUAAUACUUCACUGCAAUAAAUAAGUCAAUUGAAGCUCGAAGCAAUUAAGUGAUAAAAUAUUCCUAAGUAAAGAAUUAGUCGAUGCUUGAAACAUUAUACACCUAGGUUUGUUUAAAAUAUUUUGGAAAGUUGGUACACGUACUUUAAGGAAAGAUGGCUGGCUCUCAGUUAAGAUUUCGGAGGUAAGCGGGCAUUAUUCGCAGCUAUUUUAUAAAAAAAUAUAUUUAUGUAAAAAGCGGCGAUGAACCGAAUGAGGCCGUGAAUUAAAUAAUGGUUUUCCAUCCACACAGAAAUAUAAAACUUUAUUAUCAAAAGUUGUACCAGUGGUGUAAACGAUGUGUUAACUUUCGGUUCGUCUUGCAACUUUGAUUCUCAUCUUCAUAUUAUAUGUCUUGUGUCUUGUUUAACUAACAGAGAUUAUUAAAAAUAAAAAUAUAUUUAAAAUUGGCACUCCGUGUUAGACUGAAGCGUAUUCGAUGUCGUUAUAAACCACAUUCUCUGUUAGUUAGCCGAAGCCUAUCUUAAUAUAAACAUAUUAUAUAACGUGCCCGUAGUUAGAAAUCUCCGAAUUUUGUAUUAUGUUCGUUGUUUUAAUUUAAAGAUGUUUAUUUUAAUCUCACCACGUUAUGUUAAAAUAUAAGUGUUAUGUACACA